AGCUUUAGCACCGCCUUGACCAAGAACAUUGUGGCCAUGCUGGUGUGGCUGGCCCUAAGUUUUAUCAACGUAAGUAUGGUCCACACCUUCCUCAAGCAUAACUUUUUCUAUGAGGACCCGCGCUACAUCAUGUUCAUCUAUAUGGUCAUAAAUGACGCCCUGCAGCUCACCCUGGUAACGGCACUGUACGUAGUCAGCUACAUUUUCUUCAAGAUCCAUGCUUCCGUGUGCUGCCUGCUGGUGAUGACUGCCGUUUUGACCACACGCUCCACCCCUCUCAUAUUAGCCGGUAUGGCCGUGGAGCGCUACCUGUCUAUCUGUUUCCCCUUACACUACGGGCACACAUGCACGGUGUCACGCACCAUUGCCCUCAUCGUGGUCAUCCUGUUCUUAACGGUGGCCGUGCCUCUCACUGACCUCCUGGUCACACUCAUCAAGGAGCCCCUGGGCUUCUUUCACACCUCCGUCUUCUGUGAUCACUCCCUCAUCUUCCGGGACCGCUCCAUCUACUACAAGAACGCUGUGUUUGACAGCAUCUAUUUUUCCUUUGUGACUCUCACGCUGCUCUACACUUAUUGUAAGAUCAUGCUAACGGCACAUGCUGCCUCCACGGACCUGGUGUCCAUAAAGAGGGCAAGGAAUACAGUGCUACUCCACGGGGUGCAGCUGCUGCUGUGCAUGCUGGCUUUUGUAGUCCCCUCUCUGCAAGCAGCCCUCAUCGCUCUCUUCCCACAGUUUGUCCUGGAGAUCCGUUACAUCUUUUUCCUGCUGGUCUACAUCAUCCCACGAUUCCUCAGCCCCAUGAUCUACGGUUUCAGGGACGAGAAGUUCCGCAAAUACUGGGCAAGGUACCUGACGUGUCGUAGGAACAAUAUAUCCAGAUUGUGGCCAGCUAUGAAAGUGAAUCUCAAGUUCAGGUGA